AUGGCUUCCUUGACACUACUACUAGUGCUAUCUACUUUCUCACUCCUCCCUCUCUCUCUCUCUCUAGCACAUGCACAUUCCUUCACAAAAAUCUACUCCUUCGGCGACUCCUUCACCGACACCGGAAACACCCACACCUCCACCGGCCCCACCGCCUUCAACUACAUCUCCAACCCACCCUACGGCGUCACAUUCUUCCACCACCCAACCAACCGCUACUCCGACGGCCGUAUCGUCCUCGACUUCCUGGCGGAGUCCCUGUCCCUUCCCUUCCUGCCGCCGUACCGGAACUCCAGCGCCGCCGACCAGACCCACGGCGUCAACUUCGCCGUGGGCGGCGGCUGCGCCAUCAGGUACGGCUUCUUCGUGAAGCACAACGUGAGCUUCAACCUCGUACCCCAGUCCCUCCAGACACAGCUCGUCUGGUUCACCAAGAUCGCGGCGGCCAAAGGCUGCAAGCUGCAGCUGGAUCGCCGCUCGCCGGCAACACCUAGUAAAGAGUGCGCGGCGGUGCUGGGCGACGCGCUGAUUUGGAUGGGCGAAAUCGGGGCCAAUGAUUACACUUCCAGCCUCGGAUCUUCGGUUCCGAUCAAAACCAUACAAACUCUCGCCGUUAACAGCGUCGUUGGUUUCUUACAGGUAUUGUUGAACAAUGGCGCAAAGUAUAUAGUGGUCCAAGGCCUACCGCCAACCGGCUGCGCCACGUACACAUUCGCGCUCUCGUCUCCGGAGGAUCGAGACGCGGAUGGAUGUGUGGCGUCCUCCAACCGGAUAGCCCUCGGUCACAACGCGGCCCUCAAAGCGAAGCUCGACUCUCUCAGGAAACAGUAUCCGGAAGCCGUCAUUCUCUACGCCGACUACUACAACGCCCACCUCACCGUGCUCAGGAAUCCGCGCAAGUACGGGAUCGUCGAGCGGUACAAGGCGUGCUGCGGCUUCGGCGGCGGGGAGUUCAAUUUCGACAUCUUCAACACGUGCGGCACCGCUUCGUCCGCCGCGUGCGCCAACCCUUCCGAGUACAUCAACUGGGACGGGGCCCACUUCACCGAGGCGAUGAAUAAGGUGCUAGCGAAUUCGUUCUUCAACGGGACGUAUUGCGACCCGCCGUUCAGUUACUUGCUGAGCAAGAAACUGCGGUCGGGAUGAUCACUUUUGGUUACGCACCCACAUGCAUGUGUUAUUUUUUUUUUUUUUUUUUUUUAUUUUUAACUUUUUUUUUGUUGAAUAAUGGUAAAUUUUAUAUUGGGUCUAUAGCAUGUAAUAAACUCAUAAUGAGUUGCCUUUUAUGGAAUUAUUGUUAUGUUUUUCUUUGUACUUGGGGAUAUACGAUGGUUUCUUGGGUUUUGUGAAAGAGUUAUGGGCUUAGGUUGUCGUAUGA